AGCUGCUUGCCGAUCGAGCGCUCUCUCGCGGGGCUCCACUGGCGUCGCUGCCGCUGCUCAGUCGACUUGGGGCCUGGCCACAAAAACAACACCACAGUUUUUCAAAAUUAGUUCUAGUGAGUCUGUGAAAGUGUGAGCGACUGCGACUAUCGGACGACGCGCGAUCAAUUGGCAAACAACCGCAAGCGGAUCCACUGGUCACUCGCCGCCGAGAACUUGCCGAAUAUAAAUCGGAGCAGAGCAGAUACCACCGAUCCAGAUCCCAAUCCAGAUCCAGAUCCCAAGAGCAUCCCCAAACUUUGCAACAACAACAGCAACAUCACGUGCAACAUGUCGCAUCAGUGCAGCUGCGGUCGCGACCUCAACAACAACUACGUCUCCUACACGAACGCCUACGCCAACGCAAACACGGGCCUGGACAGGGAGGCGGCAGCCAACAGCGGCGGCGGUGGGAAGUCCGCUGGUCCACCCCGCACCCAGCUGACGGCCAAGGUGAUGUUCGGCACGGUGGGCGCCAUCAAGGAGCUGCGCGACAAGGAGCAGCAGCAGCAGAGGCACGCGGCAGCGGCGCGAGCAGGCGAGCGACGCAACUGAUGACCACCACGGACGUUUCCUUCGGGGGAGGAGGGCGACGUGCGAUGAGGAGUGAGAAGCGGGGGCGGGACGAACGGCCAAUGGAGUCCGGUCGAGUGCUGUGCUGUGGGUUGUGUCGGGGGAUCUCUGGCUGAUCGGAAGGAUCAUCGAAGGAUCAUCAUCAUCGGAAGGAUUCCAGUUGGGAUAAUUUGAAUGUGUUUGAGCUUUGAUCGGAAGGACUAAAGUGAUUUGAAAGACCCGCUGGAUUCGAAAUUUGAUAACUUCAAUCCAUCGAGAAAGUUAGUUAAUUCGAAUGGUCGAUUAUUCGAAUGAUUGAAAAAAAGUCAGUUGAUUCGAAAUUGGAUUAUUUGAGUGAUUCAACUGAAUCGUUUAUUCGAAUUUUAAGUGAAAUUAUUUGAGUAAUUUGAUUAAUUCAGUUGAUUUGGAAUUGAAUGAUUUUAAAUAUUUGUUUUAAAAUUUUGAACAAUGUUUGAGUGAUUUGAUUUGUUUAGUGAUUCAAAUGAUUCGAAUCGAUUUACUGAAGUAAUUCGGAUUAAUCAAAAGAUAAAUUCAAAUAGUAUAGAUAAUUCAGGAACAUUCAAGUGCAGUUAGUCGGAUAAUUCAAAGGAUUCAGAUGAUUUUAGUGAUUCAAACUCCAUUCGAAUCGAGUUAGCGUCGGUCCUGGUCCCUGGAUCACUCGAUCACUGGCUGCUGGGAUCACGUUAGAGGCUUCAAAGUGUUUGCAGGGGGCAGGGCAAUCUGAGUAAUUUGGUGGCCAGCCAUCAAGAACGACAUUCCUUCUCAACAAACUAUCCAAAAAAGAAAACAUCACAUAUUUAUAGAAACCCUUUUUUUAUCUGCCACAACACUAUAUCUAUGAAAUCUGUCUAUAUAUAUUUUCCGUGCUCCUGUUCCUUCCUCAGCUUUUAAUUUCUAAUCUUUCGCGUAAUUCGAAUUAUAUUCGAUGUAAAUUGUUUAUCACAUACAUAUAUUUAUAUAUACUACAUAGUGCAAUACUUUAGCUAUACAAAACACACUCAAACACACACCCAACACACGCCUAGCUUUAAGUUUGUUUUAUUUUGUAAGCGCGCACACACACACAUACUCAUUUUACAAUGUUGUUUAAUUUUGUUUUGUUGUUUACGAGCUCUGGCAUUUUGGGCUGCGAGUCUGGAGACUUCCAGGUGCUGCUGCAGCUCGGAAUGCAAGGCACGUAACUUACACACACACACACACCAACCAUAUACAUAUAACUCUACACACAUAUGCGUAAUCAUUAAAACCUAUACAAACUGUUAUUAUUUGUAAUAAUCAUAUUGUAUAUGCUGGAUGAAAAUAUGAACAAAGCCAGAAACAGAAACGAAAAACAAAAACUAAAAUUAUUCCUCCAAAUGGGAUCUUGUUUGCUCAAGUGAUUUUUUUUUGUACUAAAAUGGUAGCGAAAUGAACGCAAAAGGCGAAAUUAAAUUAAACAAUAACGAAAAUACAUAAAUUAAAGCUCAAUCGGAGUCGGAGUUAUCAGCGACGAGAGAGAAGCAUCUACAAUAUAUUUAUUAUAUGUAUGUACCUACUAUAAUAUAAUAUUAAAGUGUAAUACUUGUACGUGUCUAUUUAUAGAGCUAAUCCCAACAAAGGCGAAUAAAAAUCCAACUUUUAAUAAACACCAAAAACUGAAAACGAAAA